AUGCCGAACACAAGAAAUAAAUUUCCAGAAAGUGUGAGUGACCAGCAGCAGUUAAUAGAAGGUAUGUUGGAAAAACACACUAACAAAAUUUGUGAAAGACUAGAAAAACAGAUGGAUAAAUUAUAUAAUAAAUUCGAAAAUUUAGAGCUAAAAUUAAAGCAAAUGGAAGAUAGGUUUGAAAAUUUCGACAAAGAAAUUAAUGAAAAUAUAUCUAAUAUAAAAGAGACAAACAAGAAGUUAGAGAAUGUAUAUAAAAUUCAACAGAAAAAUACAUUAAGAGUAGAUGGAAUUCCGAAAACAAAUGGAGAAGAUGUAUUAAAAACAUUCUUAAAAAUUGUAAGCGAUAAAUUAAAAAUACAGUGUGAAGAUCGAGAUAUUAAUGACAUUUACAGGAUAGGAAAAACCCAACAAAAAGGCAGAAUCCGAACAGUUAUUAUCCAAUUUGUUAGGCCAGAGAUCCAUCCGAUUAACUCCUCCUUGCGGAAGGCUACCAAACGAGCGAUGUGCUCUCUAGCUAGGACGAAAUCCUGCCACUACGGGUCCGUUCCCGAUGGGAAGGGCAGUGCUGCCAAAAGCACUGGGGCUCCCAAUUCCCUAAUACCAUAUUUUGUCCAAAAGCACCUAAAUGGUUGCGGCUUGUGGGCACCAGUUAGUCUCGGCCAAUUAGAUUUAAAAUCCAACAAUCAUUCAGCACAGGAAUUUGGACCCCUGGAACGAUUACUUGAAUACCUAACAUCCCAUCAAUUGCGAGGCCCUGCUGAGAUAAGACUGCUUUAUAAUGAAAGGUUGGGCCCACAAUACGAAACUAAAGAUAAUAUUGACGUAGAACCUGUGGAACCUCAGGAAACCGCAGUCUCCCCAUACAUACAUUUUCUAAAAUGCAGACGUAAUCGAACAAAGUUGUUCCUAUGUGGAAAAAAGGAGCAGACUUCGCAGUUAUACGUCCAUGAUAUUUCCGAGAACCCGAUUAUUCAAGAUAUGAGCAAAUGUCUUAGACCGGAAAAUAUGAGGACCGCAUUCUGUAUAUACUUUUAA